GGGAGCUUUUUCGUAGAGAAUUAAAUUAUCUACAAAAAAGGAUUCAUGGAAAUUUGUCACGAAAUCGAUCUUUUCGGAGAUAUUCGAUUAUUUGGGUUUCUAACCUAUCUGAAAUAUUUAAAAAUUAGUUUUCCGGAAGUAACUCUUAAAGCAUUGAUUCCCGAAAUGUAUGCAAGGGAGCUUUUUUGUAGAGAAUUAAAUUAUCUACAAAAAAGGAUUCGUGGAAAUUUGUCAUGAAAUCGAUCUGUUCGGAGAUAUUCGAUGAUUUAAAGAUAAAUAAAGGUAGGUUAUGAAAAAUAAGAGGAAGGUAUGCUACAAACAAAACUUAUACGCGAUAGCAGAUUUAGAGGUUAGAAGAUGUGCAACGGUUGCCAGGAGUCGCAGCAAGAAAGUUCGGACGACGAAGGGGCAGUCGGUAAAACAGGACGGAAGCGUCGCGGUUAAUAACGGCCCCCACGCCUCAAGGGAUGAUGGCGUAGAAGUUGUGACCAAUAAGGAACCAUUUUUCAGGUCGUCCAAUUCUGGGACUCUAAUUUUAAAUAAUAUAUUACUGUCAUUUUCUGUUACCGAUGGAGCAGCACUAUCGAUAGUUAUCGAUAGUCGUAAAGCAACCAUCGAUACUCCUCCAACGCUGUUGCAAUACAAUUAA